AUGCUAAUAAAGCUUGAACUCAUUUCACUAGGAAGUUUUGAAAAUUGGAUUUACCCAGCUGAACAAGAGUCUUCCCUGGUUGGAGACUUGUUGCCACCGGAUACUCAUAUGCUCCCUCUAUUGCAAGUGCUGAUUAUUAGAGAUUGCCCGAAACUCUUGGGGUUUCCUUUCUCAAACCACAUUGUUUCCCUAAAUUGGUUUCCCAAACUACAAGAGCUUCAGGUACUAGACUGUCCAGAAUUAUCGUCAGUAAUUCCCAUCUCCUGGAUUGAAAAUCUGUGUUCUGUCAGGAUGAAAUGUGUAAAGCUACUGGAGAAGUUUGCAUACUCAAAAUCAUUCAAUGAAGCAAAAUUGGAAAUUAUUGGAAAGGGUGAUCUGCACAGCUUAGAGCAAGUGUUAGUUUCUGAUAAAGAAACGGGUAUAGAGACGCUGACACUGGACAAGUGCCCACCUCUGGAGUUGAAGCACCUUUUGAUGCUAACCUCGCUGAGGAGAUUGAUUGUACAAAAUUCAGUUGUUCUAGUUGGACCACUAGGAGGAGGUCAGACUGAUUUGGAAUGGCAGCUCCCUGUUGAGUAUAUCGGGAUCAAUGAAUCCAAAACAUUAACGUGCGCAUCAAUGGUGCCUCCUCGCGCGUUCGCAUGUACGACAAAAAGUUACAUCCAUCAGGCACCCAUCGCUCGUCCCCGUCUUUACUAUGUCAAAGUAAAAAGAAACUAG